AAAAUCAUGGCGGUGAUUAUUAAAGCGAGAAUCACAGCAUUAAUCAUUGUAGAAAUAAUUUCAUUUUUUCCUUUGCAUUCAGCCAAGUCUCCAGUAAUACCUCCAGUAAAGAAUAUUACAAGUGAUAACUGGCACCACAUUCUAGAAGGGGAAUGGAUGGUUAAAUUUUUUGCCCCGUGGUGUCCUGCCUGUCAGCAAGUAGGUCCUGUGUGGUCCAAAUUAGCUUUGAAAGCUGAUGAACUUGGGAUAAAUGUUGGAGAAGUGGAUACAACCAUAGAACCUGCACUUAGUGGAAGAUUCAUGGUUUUAUCAUUACCAACUAUUUACCAUGUGAAGAAUGGUGAGUUUCGCUUGUUCAAAGGAUCAAGGUCAUUGAAGGGAUUUAUGGCUUUUAUAAAGGAUCAGAAAUGGAGGGACAUUGAACCUUUACCUUGGUGGAAAUCUCCAGGUUCAUAUCUGAUGGGAUUUCUUGGACUGAUGUUUAAGUUGUCUGUGCUACUGCAGAACCUACAUGAGCUUCUGACAGUGACAUAUGGUGUGCCAGUGUGGGGCUCAUACACUAUAUUUGGUGUGGUGGUUGUAGCCACAGGACUUCUUCUUGGAAUGGGUAUAGUAUUUUUGUCAGAUUGUAUUUUGGGAGCUCCCUCUUAUCCAGUCCCAGUACAACCAAUGAGGAAAGUGAUCAAAGAAGAGCCAGAGGAAGAGGAUGAUGGUGAUGGAGGAGAUGGAAAGGAAGUAAUAAAGGAAAAUGAAGGAAAUAAAACAGACCAAACUGAAGUGAGGAAGAGAGUGGCUGCCUCAACUGAGCAAUAGUGUAUACUGGUUUCAGUUUACACAUAUAACAAUGCACACUUAGUAGAGAGUUUUCUAGUUCAUUUGUUUUCUCAUUCCAUUUUAGAGAUUUUCCUUUGUUUGUCUCUCUAAACAAAAUAUUAUUCAUGUAUUCUCUAGUCAGAGUAAUAUUGCUGGUAGGGCAAAUGCUUAGUUAAAGUACUAUGUGUAUUAGUGAGAGCAGCUGAAGGGUGUAUCAGAAAAUCACAGAUUGUGUUCUGCACCGCUGAUAUUCUACUUUUCUCUUAAUUGUGAGCCUAGAGAUUGAUCAAAGUUAAUGGGUAUCAUUCAUUAAAUCACCCCUACUGCUUUGAAAAUGGGAGUCCUAGAAACACAUAUAUGAAAUUGUACCUGCUGUUGUAAACCUGAGUAUAUAGAAACAUGUUAUAGACAUGAAGAUGGUUGCAUCCACAAUUGUGGUUGAUUAAUGAUGAUUAUGAACCAUUUGUGUGAAAUGUUUUAAGUACAUUUAUGUUCAUUGAAAGAUGUCAGAUCACAGAUGAUUUAAGUACCAAAUUUUGACAAAAAAAAUCAUGCAUAACAAAAUGAUCCAGAAAAUCUAAUGGUCUGAAAUUUCUGUUUUGGCGAACUCACUUUUAUAUUCAAAGGCACAUUUUCUAUUUUCUUAGUGUUCAAUUGUAGUUAUUUUUGUAUGUAGUGGAGGAAAUGCAAAUAGAUAAUUGGAGGGUCUUCAUUUUUGCAAUAAUUAUUAUUCCUAGAUCAAAGUGUUUCAAUAAGGAUAAACAAUAACAUAAGCUACAAGUGUACUUUUCUUGUUAUUUAACAUUGAGUGUUGGUUAUAUAUAAUGUAAGGGAAAAUGCAGCAAUAAAAGAAAUGAUUUCCAAGA